AUGGAUUGGGAGGCAGCUUUGCUUUUAUUUGUUAGAAUACUGCAACUCAUCGCUCUCCCGCAGGUCGUUGUCACGACUCUCGUCUUCGGCUUGACGAUAGGCUGGACUGUGAUUAUCGCCGUCAUCUUGGCUGUGGUAUACGCGCCACCUCCGUUGCUCUGGAGCUCCCUGUAUGUUGGACUUCUCAGUCUCGCGCCGUUAGCGGGGCUUCUCAUCGGGCUCCCCGUCGGCGGGGCUUUGGCCGAUAUGUUAUUCAACAGACACAAAAAGAAAUCCCAACAAGUACACGACCCAGCCGUUAGAUUACCAGCCGUAAUAAUCGGUGGACUGGUAAGCCCUGCAGGUUGCCUUGUACUCGGUUAUGGGCUACAGCAUCCUCAUACUUGGAUCCAAGUCUGUGUUGGAUGGGGUAUGCUGGCUUUUGGCUUGACGGGAUCAGCCAACGUCUUAUUGACGUAUGCCGUUAACAGUCUGCCUGCUCGAGCUGGAGAUAUCGGUACCCUUUUGAAUGUGACCAAGAACUCACUUGGGUUUGGUGUCUUAUACGCAUCAGUCAGUUGGAUGCAGAAGUCUGGAACUGCCAACUAA